AUGGUCGGUGUGUGGACGAAAAAUAAGCUUGCUGCUAACUACAAAUGGGCCGAAACAGACGAUGGGCUUACGAGGGCUAAGAUUGGGUUAAACUUGAUGGUUUUGGUUUUACAUGCUGCUCACCUCAUUGGACUUCUUUUCAGCCCCACCACUUGGAAAAGAAGAGGAAUAAAAAAUAUACACACUUCUUCAUCUAGACAUUAGCCUAAACGAAAUCCCAUUUAGCACUAAGCUCAAGAAGACACGAGUGUUGAUAUAGAAUCUUAAACGAUCAAAUCAUAAUCUUAUAAUUUGUAUAGCCCCGACAAUGAACCAAAAAAAAAAAAAAGGUAGGAGAGGGAGAAGUAUGAAGAUAUCUUCACAUGUAGUAAUGAAUGCCGUAGAUGUGACAGAGUCGUUCUCACAUGGAUGUUUCUUGGUCACCAAUCUGUUGAAUAUUGAAGAUCUCAUUGACUGAAAUCAACAUUUUAACAGAAACUUUUGACAUGUCCCAUGAAUGAUUAAUAAGAAUUACAAGUAGCUAGAUAGAAUCACUUAAAAUGAGGAGAGAAGUGGUUUGGUUGGCAGAAAUUAGAAAAUUUGUACUAUCCUAAAACAAUAAAAGGGUAAUAUAGUAUGUUUGUGCCUUGACGGUUUUGAUUGGUUAAGGGCGUGGGGGUAAAGAAGGGGUGCGUAAAAAAAAAGGAGACCGACCGACAUGAACAUGUAAGUACAAGGCCCAGCUGUGAUGCAGAGAGUCGGUGCACAGCCACGUCAUCCACCCUAGACUAUUGCUAUUGGGUAAUGUGGUGGUAUCUCUCUUUCACACUACCUUUUUUUCUUUUCACUUUGAAUGAUGAUGAUACCAUAAUGGUAAUUAAUACUAUAGGCUAGAGAUUAGUUUAGUUAUUACACACGCACUACUCUCAACUCUCAAACUCUCAACUCUCAACUCUCAAGUCAAUAAAUAAUGAACACGCCUACUCUUGUGCCAUGCCAGCUGCUUCUAUCUACGACGUGACGUGUGCUGUGAUGCUGAGCUGGAACCCAUUCGCUUCUUCUUCAUUCUUCAUUCUUCAUUCUUCACUAC